CCGACAGUACACCAAACCAGCCAAUUUCUCGCCUCUUUCUUUCCCAAGCGAGCGCGCGAUGUACAGUGGCUAUACCACGAACCUCGGAAUCCUCGCUAUUCAGCAGCUACUGCCCAUGUUGCUCGGAUAGUAUGUAGCAUCACGCCUACAGCCGGAGUAUACACAGCCAUGUAUGCUGCUCGCGCACCACCACCUCUGGUAUUCCUUCACCGGCCAUUUACUCUAGAUCGAAAACGCGUUCCUCGAGGCGCAAAUGUUUUGAGCUCACACGUCGGUUUUGACGAAGUUCUGACGACUGGCUGGAACGAAGCCUUGGCCGAGCGACUGGAUUUAUAUACCGGCGAGGACGCUGUAUGCAUACAAGGCUACAAAGGCGACCCAGACCGACGUAUAGGUCUUGUGGCCGCAUUCCGCACACCUGCAACGCUCGGAACCGUCUCUGAUCGCAUCAAGCGCGAAUUUGGGCAGUGGGAUGCUGUGCAUGGCGCUGAUGUUGACAGCGAAACCGACAUGGCACAACCCGUGACCGUGGUUGCUAUCAUGAAUGCCUUCCAUCCUGAAGAAGUACAACGGGUCUCCGAAGCUGCGCUAUCCAAGGGCUGGAUCGCAGACAUCGACCAAGGAGACAGUAUAGUCUAUCUUACUGGCCAAGCAAGGGAACCAGGACUUGCCGCCGCACUCGAAAAGAAAAUGAAAGUCUUCUGUGUCGGUCAUCGCAGCUGUGAGGAAUGGGGUAUCAGAUUUAUUGCCUCUGAGUUGAGACGAGAGUUCCCAAUGGUUGAUGUCGCCGAAGUGUUCGAGGAUGAAGAGCCG